CGUCAGUAUAAGCCAGUUUCGAGGGAAGGAGAACAACACGAGUCUCGGAGACUCUCCAGUCACUUCAGACACUUCUUCAGGUGCAUUAGUGUUUUUUUUUAAUCCCAGCGAUGGCCAAAUGGGGCGAGGGCGAUCCCAGGUGGAUAGUGGAGGAGCGCCCCGACGCCACCAACGUUAAUAAUUGGCACUGGUGUGAAAAGAAUGCCAGUGGUUGGAGCAAGGAAAAAUUCAAGUUGCUGUUUGAGGGCAUGACCAUUGACGAACCUGGACUAGCCAAGGUAACAAUAAAAGAGGUUUCGAAGACAGAAGGUGAAGCGAUGAUCAACAAUCGAAAAGGAAAACUCAUUUACUUUUAUGAAUGGGUUCUGAAAUUGGAGUGGGAGGCAUCGUUGUAUGAAGAUCCAAAGAAAGAAGUUAAAGGGGCUAUGGAGAUUCCAAACUUAUCAGAGGAGAAUGAUGCCUCAGAAGUUGAUGUUAACGUAUCUCUGUCUGCGGGAGGAUCGAAAGGAGAGCAAGUUAAAGAAUUUUUAAGAAAAAAAGGAUAUAAAGAUAUUCAGGAUAAAAUACAAGAAUAUAUUGUAGCCUUGAAACGAGAAUACGCUACUGAUCUUAUUUUGCCAACGAAAGAUCAAGCAACAACAAAAUCAGAUAAGACCUGUAUAAAUUCGCCACCCGUAGAAAAAUCGACCAAUAUUAAUGUGAUUAACACAACAAAUAACUUGGAUAAGUUGGACCUUGGUUGUAAAAUCUCCACUUCUAGUUUCACCCAAACACAGAACUUCAAGUGCACAGCAGACGACUUGUAUAGAGCCUUGACACAGAGAGAGAUGGUGGUUGCAUUUACUCACAGUGAUGUUAAACUAGAAGUUGAAAAGGGUGGAAAAUUUGAACUUUUUGGGGGUAAUAUUACUGGAGAGUUUACAAGUUUGGUUCCCAACAAGCGGAUAACGCAAAACUGGCGCUUUAGAUCUUGGCCUAAUGGCCAUUACUCAGAAGUUGUUAUAGAUUUGGUUCAGAAGGAAGACCAAACUGAACUCACCUUAACACAAACAGGAAUCCCAUCAAAUGACCUUGAAAGGACGAGAGAGGGAUGGCGAAACUAUUACUGGGAAAGUAUCAAGAGGACCUUUGGGUUUGGUACCAUGCUUAUUUGAAGUUUGGUCUGGCAUAAGCACCCUCGUUACAUCAAUUUGCAUAUGAAAGCCUGCACCAGCUUUCUUGAAGAGCAGAGAACAUUUACAGUUUGUUUGUGUUUAUAUUUGACCGCUCCCACUACACACAUCUGAACGCUUGACAUCCCAGCCUCUGUUAACUACUUUGUUUUGCAGCAUCCAGUGUACUUUGCAAAUACCCAGUGGUGGAAAAAUGUGGAAACUGUGAAUAAUUCAGUAAUUGUAAAGUUACUAGAUUUGUAAGUUUAAAAAGUAGCUUUCUGUGGUUUGUCAGGUAUUAGUUUUUCUUAGACUUUUUAACUGCUGACUUGCCAGUGUAAUUUUUAGACUGCUCCUUGCAUGGCAGAGGUUCGGUUCGAUUGUACCUGGUUUGCCUUGUAUGGAAAUGGAAGUUUGGUAACCUUAUACACGGAGUAUUGGAUUGACAAACUGCAAAUGUGGUCAUUCAGUUUAAUGCUUUGGUGGAAAUCAAGAUUAUGGGACAAAGGUCUUCGUAGGCAUUGGAACUCCAGGUUGAGCACUGUAGUGUAUUUUUCCCCCCCUCAGGUAGCAAAAACAGGGCAGGCAAAGUUUGUUACUUUUGUGUACUUACAAUCCUAGUUAAUAACUAUAACUAUAAAAUAUUGUAUGUGGCCUGAAUGACCUUGCAGCCAGCUCCCAGGUACAUCGUUAAGUUAUGUACUUAGACAUUUAGUUUUGGGUUGCAAUAAAACUUGAAUCAUAUGAUGUUCAAAUAAAUUAUGUACUUCCUUAAGGAUAUGCCUGACUUUUUAUAAAUGUUCUCUUAAGAAAAUCUUUUUCAAAAUUAUUGAAUUUUACAAAAAAAAAGAAAAAAAGAAAAAAAAACCAACUUGUUUCCUGUAAACUUGAAUUUCUAUUCUGCAGUGUCCAUAUAUCUGCUGGAAAGGUUCUUUACUUUAAGUGGGUUUUUACAUGAAAUGUGAGUAGCAUUCACCACCUUAAUAUUCGUUUGGAAGUACUGCAGGAGCUGAACUUUGAAGACCUUCACAUUCACUCUUUUGAGGUGAUUUUUCAAGAAACCCAGAAAUGCUCUUACAGCAGAAUGUAACUGUGUAUUUGUCUUUUCUGAGGAAAGCAAGUUCUCGUAAUGAACAAUUGGUAACCACAUAUUCCCAUUAUAAUAUGGUCAUUUGGUUUCGAAGUUGGUUUACCCUGGCAUUGCAUUUCAAGGUAAUAUUUUGUGAUAAAUUAGCUAGUUAUUUCAUAUUGGCUUUUAAAAACUUUUUUUUUUUUUUGUAGAUUUUCCAUUGCAAGCUUAUAUAUAUAGUUUCCAUUUAAGAUUUGUAAAUCUUUUGUCAGUUAUGUAAAUUUUUCAUCAAAUAAAUUUUAUUUAUUUCAAAAAUUUUCAUCAAAUAAAUUUUAUUUAUUUCAAACAAACAGUGGUGUAAUAAACUCGGUACAGUUGUCACAAAAAAAUUCUAGUUAGUGAUAUGCCACAUAAUAUAGGUCCCCAAAAAGGCAAAUGACAUCACAUUGAGCCAUUGAGUCAAAUGACAUCACAUUGAGCCAUUGAGUAAGGAAUUUGUGUAUUGUCCCAAAUUCCAGAUAGUCCACCGACUUUUAAGUUGUCCCAUAUACAAAAAUACAUAUGACUUUAUGACAAAAUUUAAUAAAUUUAACUUU